UAAACCAGGGCCAAGUGUGUUCUUUCCAACUCAUUCCCCCGAUGCCUCAAGGCCCAAGACUGAGCCAAUAGGAGAAGAACAGAGGCGAAGCAAAAAUUUGGGAAAGAGUUCUGGUCUCCUGUAUUAUGGGACUGCAACUUGUGGAGUGAAACACUGUGCUGCUAUCAUCAAUAAGAACAAUAUAAAAGAUAUUAAGACUGUAAAGUAGACUGAUCCAUUGCAGAAGCAUCACUUAGGGCUGAACUCUGUGAAAGUAAACAAUAACACAUCUCAAUCACGUUCCCUCUUGGACCUCUGCUCCUGACCCAUGGACUAGGACCAGGAAAAAGAGCUCAGCAGGCAGAUCUUACCUGCAGCAAAGGAUACGGAAGAAAGCUCCCCUUCAAGUGUGUUUUUAUGCCUGUUAUUGAGGAAGGAAUUUGGGAUUCAUUCUGCUGACGGGGGAAGUUGCUCCGAUGGCCGCCCCGGGAAUUCGGGCUCCGUGGCUCGCUCUGGGUCUUGAGGUUGUGCUGGUGGUGCUGGUUGCCAGGGUUUCCGGAAAUGGCCAAGACAGAGGGGAAGCUGGACCCUCCUGCUACGGGGGAUUCGACCUCUACUUCGUCCUGGACAAGUCAGGAAGUGUGCAGGACCACUGGAAUGAGAUAUACUACUUUGUUGACCAUCUGGCUCACAAGUUCAUCAGCCCGCAGCUGCGGAUGUCCUUCAUCAUAUUCUCCACCCAGGGCCGGAUUCUCAUGAAGCUCACAGAAGACAGGGAAAAGAUUCGAGCUGGUCUGGAGGAACUCCAGAGGGUGCUGCCAGGAGGAGAUACCUUCAUGCACAAGGGUUUCAGGAGGGCCAGUGAGCAGAUCUACUAUGGGAACGCAGAUGGUUACCGCACCGCGAGUGUCAUCAUCGCCCUGACGGACGGGGAGCUCCGCGAGGAUGAGUUCGACCUGGCCGAGAGGGAGGCCAGCCGUUCACGCAGCCUGGGGGCCUCCGUGUUCUGUGUGGGGGUGAAAGAUUUCAACGAAACACAGCUGGCCACGAUCGCGGACAGUAAAGAUCACGUCUUCCCAGUGAACGACGGCUUUGAGGCCUUGCAGGGAGUCAUCAAUUCGAUCCUGAAGAGAUCCUGUAUUGAGAUUUUGUCAGCGGAACCUUCUAGUAUUUGUGCAGGAGAGCCCUUCCAGGUGGUGGUCAAAGGGAAUGGAUUCCUGUAUGCCCACGAUGUGGACAGCGUGCUGUGCAGUUUCCGCAUCAACGAUACCUACACCGUCAUGAAGAGACCUAUGGUGGUGAGGGACACCUACCUCCUAUGUCCCACUCCAGUGCUGCAGGAGGUCGGAUCGGCAGCCUCACUCUACGUCAGCAUGAAUAAUGGUUUGAGCUUCAUCUCAAGCUCCGUCACCAUCACCACCGUCGGCUGUUCAGAUGGGACGAUCCUGGCCAUCGCCCUGCUUAUCCUGAUGCUCCUGCUUAUCAUGGCCCUACUCUGGUGGUUCUGGCCCCUGUGCUGCACCGUGAUCAUACAUGAGCCCCCAUCCCAUGUUGAGGAAGACAGUUCGGAUGAGGAGGAUGAGAGAAUGCCCAAGAAAAAAUGGCCGAUGGUAGACGCCUCCUACUACGGGGGGCGGGGAGUGGGCGGGAUCAAGCGGAUGGAGGUGCGCUGGGGAGACAAGGGGUCCACGGAGGAGGGAGCCAAACUGGAGAAAGCCAAGAACGCCCGUGUGACCAUGCCAGAGUGGGAGCCGGAGGAAUUCUCCCUGUGGAUGCUCAACAACGGCACACGGAAGCCCCAGACCCCCCGCAAGUGGUACUCCCCUAUCAAGGGGAAGCUGGACUCCCUGUGGACCCUCCUGAGGAGGUGCUAUGAGUGCGUGUCCGUGAUGAGGCCCCAGCCCGGAGACAAGGGUCGCUGCGUCAGCUUCAGUCGUGUGAGGUCCAACCCACCCCCAAGGUACCCACACUACAACCAGCGACCCAACCCCAUCUACAGCGUGCCCUACAGCAACGGCCACCCGGCCCCACGGGGCACGCUGCCCCCAGAUCCCUGCGGAUACAACCCAUCUCCUCCGGCUUCCCCCACCUCCACACUGCCGCCCCUGCCUACCACGCCCCCACCAUCCACCAUCACCCCUCCUGCACCCAACCGAGCUCUCCCCCCACCCUCACCAACUGGCACUUUGCCCCCACCCCCACAGGCCCCUCCUCCAGCCCGGGCUCCACCCCCUGACCGCCCACCACCCCGCCCCUCUCCUUAGGGGCUCAUUCCUGACUCGGUGGGACAAGGGCUGUGGCUUCAGUACAUGGAAAUUAGCCAAUGAAAUGAAAGCAAAUUCUAAAAGCAUGCUAGAUUGAAUGCUGCCAGCUGUACGUUUAUACGACGGAUCUCUGCCUACAUGAAAAAGUGCCCACCUUCAGAACGAAAGCAGUGGUUAGAUAAAGAAGCUGAAAACAUGGUCUGCUUGCUCUGUCUGGACAGCCCUGAGAAAGACACACUGUCACACCUGGCCUCCCCCUGACUCGUAUCCCAGCAUCCUCCUGGGCCCACAGAGACUAAUGGACACCAGUGUCCUCCACCUUUCUGCGUGUCCCCCAAACGGUGGGAAACUGUAAUGUUUCUCUAAAGUAAAAGCAGGAUGCUCCUAUAUGGCAUAUCCACUGAGUGAUUCAAGCUUGUUUCUGGCAAGUCUCCGAAUCCCACUUACUUAAGUCUAAAAGGAAAUAUACAGGAAGGUCAAAGAACAACAAAAAGCAAAAAAAAACAAACAAA